AUGGACAAGCUCAAGGAUAAAAUCAACAGUUUGAAAUUGGACGCCGAGAAGUGGCAGGAGAAGUCGGACGAGUUGGCAGACCGUAUCAAGGAAUUGGAGCAGGAGAACAUGGAUAAGGACCACCAGAUCCAGGCUCUCACCAGAAAGAACCAGGUUUUGGAGGAGCAGGUUGAGAAGUUGGAAACCGACAUUGCCGAGGUCAAGGAGACUGCUGACCAAUCGCACUCAUUGAAGACAUCUAACGACAACUACACCAAGAAGAACCAGGUGUUGGAGGACGAGUUGGAAGAGGCCGACAAGAACUUGAAGGAGACCACCGACAAGUUGAGAGACACCGACAUCAAGGCUGAGCAGUUGGAGCGUAAAGUUGCCUCAUUGGAGCAGGAGAAGGACGACUUGGAGAAGAAGUACGAGGAGUUGACCGAGAAAUACAACUCUGCCAAGUCUGAGUUGGACGAGAUCAGCCAGCAGUUGGAGGCUAUUUAA